UGGGGGAGGAAUGGGAACAUGCCGUAUAAUUUGGUCCAUAAGAGUAUGGUAGGAAGGCUCCUGGCUGUGCCAAGAGCCAGACAGUCUCCUGGGAAGAGAUGGAACCCUGCAGUAUUUCAAGCCUUAUCCCAAGCUAAUCUCCAGCCUCAAAACCACUCACCAAAACCACUCAGGUCCUAUCAGUCCCUCCACAGGAAUUUGCUUCUUAGCGUAAACCCAAGUUCCAGCUCCAAGAAAACCUUAACUCAGCUCCAGUCCUCGGGGCCCACCAUGGAGAAGGACUUUCAAGAUAUCCAGCAGCUGGACUCUGAGGAAAACGACCAUCAGCUCAGCGGCGAUGAGGAACAAGGCUCCCAUGGGCAGAAUCCUAGGACAGAAAAUCCAUUCUGGAAAGGGCAGCCUCCUUCCCCGCCCUUUCCACAGUGCCUCAGCUUCAGGCUCUACCUCAGUCUGCUUGCCCUGGCCUUCAACGUCCUGCUGCUGGUGGUCGUCUGUGUGAUUUCAUCCCAAAGCAUGCGGCUGCAAGAGGAGUUUCGGACCCUGAAAGAAAACUUCAGCAACUUCUCCGCCAGCACCCUGAUGGAGUUCAGGGCUCUGGAUUCCCACGGAGUGGGCAGCUGGAGAAGCGUUCGGGAGGCAGACGGACGGGGAAGCCAUUUACCGUUCCUUCUCUCAGGAGGUAGCAGAGAUGACAAAUUGACGUCCUGGGGAGCCACACUGGAGAAAAAGCAGCAGGACCUGAGAGCAGACCACUCCACCUUGCUCCUGCACCUGAAGCACUUCCCGCUGGAUUUUCGAACCCUGAGCUGUCAGCUGGCCUUCUUCCAGAGCAAUGGCACAGAAUGCUGCCCUGUUAACUGGGUGGAGCAUGGGGAUAGCUGCUACUGGUUUUCGAAGGAUGGGCUGACCUGGGCUGAGGCUGCUGAGUACUGCCAGCUAGAGAGUGCCCACCUGCUGGUCAUCAACUCCAGGGAGGAGCAGAAAUUCGUGGUGAAGCACACGGGCUCGUUUCACACCUGGAUAGGUCUCACGGACAGGGGCGGCUCCUGGAAAUGGGUGGACGGAACCGAAUACAGGAACAGCUACAAGAACUGGGCCUCCACUCAGCCAGAUAACUGGCAAGGCCAUGAAGAGGGCGGAAGUGAAGACUGUGUCGAAAUGUUCUCCGAUGGCAGCUGGAAUGACAACUUCUGUCGCCAGGUGAACCGCUGGGCGUGUGAAAAGGGGCGCAAUAUCACCCAUUAGGAGCCUGCUCCACCCUGUCUCCCCUGUCCCCCCCCCCAACUUCUUCAUCAUCCCAACUUCUUCACUGGGGAUGUUGAAACAAGAAGAGAAACAGAACCCCUAACAUGAGGAGGAGUUAUGGGAAAACAGAAAGGGGUGGCUUUAUUGUCCCACACUUUGGGAAGGCUGAGAUUCCAGCUUUCUCCAUAAUCACUGCAACUGUUAUAAAUUUCAGCCCUUGGAAUGGAGUAGGAAAAGAAAGAAAGAAAGAAAGAAAUGAUACUUGAAA